AGACUCCAUCUCCCAUCGUGCCCCGCGCGCCUCACGCAGCCCGGCACCCUCAUUUGCAUACGGCUCCCCGCCCCGGUGGCCACGCCCCCGCCCCGCUCGGCCUGGCGCCGGGGGCGGGCCCUGUCCCGACCUUGCCCUUCCCCUUUGCGUCCUUGCCCCGCCCCUCGUCCAUAAAUGGCAGCGCACGGCCCCGCCCCCGAGCCGGCCCCGCCCCUCUCGGCCAUGGCGGCCGGGGCUCGGGCCCCGCUGUGGCGGCCGCCGCUGGCCCCGCGGUCCCCGCUGCCAUCCCUGCCGGCCCUGCCCGCCCUGCCCGCCCUGCCCGCCCUGCCGCUGGCCCUGGCCGCGCUGGCGCUGCUGGCGCUGCCGGUGGCCGCGGGCUCGCCCGGCCCCGAGCAGCAGCUGGCGGCGGCGGCGCCGCGCUGGGGCUGGCGGAACGUGUCGUGCCCGGCCUGCCGGGUGCUCUUCGGGGCGCUGGACCUGGCGCUGCAGCUGGAGCCGAACGUGGCCCGCGUGGGGCGCGUGGCGUCGCGGCUGUGCCAGGAGCUGCGGCUGGCGCGGCCGCCCGUGUGCCGCCAGGCCGUGCAGCUCUUCCAGGGCGACGUGGUGGCCGCCUGGGCUCGCUCCGUGCUGCGCCCGCCCGAGGCCUGCGGGCUGCUGCUGGGCCCCCGCUGCGGCCACUGGGACAUCCUGGGCGCCUGGAACGUGUCCCUGCCCGCCGCGCCCAAGCCGCCGGUGCGGCCCCCCGCGCCGCCGCCGCCCGGAGCGCCCACCGCCCGCAUCCUGUUCCUCACGGACCUGCACUGGGACCGGCAGUACGCGCCGGGCAGCGCCGCCGCCUGCCCCGACCCGCUGUGCUGCCGCGGGGCGCCCGCCGAGGGCCCGGGGCCGGCGGGCUUCUGGGGCAGCUACAGCAAGUGCGACCUGCCCCUGCACACCAUCGACGCGCUGCUGGCCCAGCUGCCCACCGGGAACGGCACCGGGAACGGCACCGGCGGCUUCGCGGCCGCGUACUGGACCGGGGACAUCCCCGCGCACGACGUGUGGCAGCAGAGCCGCGGGGACCAGCUGCGCGCCCUGCGCACGGUGACCGCCCUGCUGCGCGCCCGCCUCGGCGGCCUGCGCGUCUUCCCCGCCGUGGGCAACCACGAGGCCACGCCGGUGAACGCCUUCCCGCCGCCCUACGUGCGCGGCAACCGCUCGGCCGCCUGGCUGUACGACGCCAUGGCCGAGGCCUGGCAGCACUGGCUGCCCCCCGCCGCCCUGCGCACCCUGCGGGCUGGCGGGUUCUACACGGCACAGGUCUGGCCUGGGCUGCGCCUCGUCUCCCUCAACAUGAACUUCUGCUCCCAGGCCAAUUUCUGGCUCCUCAUCAAUGCCACUGACCCGGCAGGGCAGCUCCAGUGGCUCAUAGGGGUCCUGGCAGAUGCUGAGCGUGAUGGGGAGAAGGUGCACAUCAUCGGGCACAUCCCCCCAGCCCACUGUCUGCGCAGCUGGAGCUGGAACUACUACCGCAUCGUCAGCAGGUUCGAGGGCACCAUCGCGGCGCAGUUCUUCGGGCACACACACCUGGACGAGUUCGAGCUGUUCUACGAUGAGGAGACGCUGUCCCGUCCCGUCUCCAUCGCCUUCAUCGCACCGAGCGUCACCACCUACAUCAGCCUCAACCCCGGGUACCGCGUCUACGAGGUGGCCGCCUCCUACCCCGGCAGCUCCCACGCGGUCCUGGACCACGAGACCUUCAUCCUCAACCUGACGGAGGCCAACGCGGCGCCGCCGGGCACCGCGCCGCGCUGGCGGCGGCUCUACGGCGCACGCCAGGCCUACGGGCUGCCCGCGGCCUUCCCGGCCGACUGGGACCGGCUGGUGCGGCACAUGCAGGACGACGAGCCGCUCUUCCAGCUCUUCUGGUUCCACCUGCACAAGGGGCACCCGCCCCGCGAGCCCUGCGGCAGCCCCUGCAAGGCUGCCCUGCUCUGCGCCCUGCGCUCCGGCCGCGCCGCCGACCCCGCGCUCUGCCGGCCCCUGCGCCCCGCGCUGCCCUUCCCGCGCGUCCAGGAGCUCUGGCACCAGCGGCGCCUCUGCUGAGCCAGGGGCCAGCAGCGGCAGGGGCUGGGACGUGGUCACUCCGGGAGCCUUUGGGAUGUGGUGACACCAGGAGCUCCCGGGACAUGGUGACACCCUGAGCUCCGGGGAUGUGG